AUGUUCCUUCCCAAUGACACCCAGUUUCACCCCUCAUCCUUCUUGCUAUUGGGGAUCCCAGGACUAGAAACCCUUCACAUUUGGAUCAGCUUUCCCUUUUGUGCUGUGUAUAUGAUUGCACUCAUAGGGAACUUCACAAUUCUGUUCGUGAUAAAGUCUGAAAACAGCCUUCACCAGCCCAUGUUCUACUUCCUGGCCAUGUUGGCUACCAUUGACUUGGGCCUCUCUACAGCUACCAUCCCCAAGAUGCUUGGGAUCUUCUGGAUGAACCUCAGAGAGAUAAUCUUUGAAGCCUGCCUCACCCAAAUGUUUUUCAUCCACAACUUUACCCUUAUGGAGUCAACAGUCCUCUUGGCAAUGGCUUAUGACCGCUAUGUGGCCAUCUGCAACCCACUACAUUAUAGCACCAUCCUUACCAACAAGGUUGUUUCUGUGAUUGGUCUUGGUGUGUUAGUAAGGGAAUUUAUUUUUGGGUUCAAAGUGUCUUAA